AUGUCGGGAAUGACUUGCCCAUAUACAGGGAAAUUCUUCCUCCUCGACUUCGCCAAGACGAGCAGUGGGUAUGAACCCAUAGGAUUUCCUCUUCAAUUAUCUGAGGCAUCCCAUAUCCUUAAGAUAGUUCUCACCGGCGAGAAUAGACCGUCGUCGUCCUCCCGUAUUUCUGACGAAGUCGUUUUCUUCGAAGACUCCCUACUCAUGCAAACAAUUGCUAAUAUAAUUUCGUAUGCCACUAAAAGCUACGCAUACGUCAAAAGCUACAACGACACAAAACACAAGGGCUACCACGCCAUAGUCGUAGCAACAGACGGCCCUCACAUUUGCGCCAAUCCCAUCCGAACUCUCUGCGUCCACAACCUCCAUGGCCUAGUUUCUAUAUGUUCAGAAGAUCCAUCGAACGAGUACCUCAAAGACCUAACAGAGGCCUGCGAACGAUAUAACGUACAUAUCCUGCUCCUGUACACCAAUAUAUUCGAUGGACAAGCGUUCGACUCCAGUUUCUUCGAUCAACCGGCUUCCAUGCUGGCCCUUCCUGGCCAAGAAAACACCAAUAACCAUACUAGCAAGGGACCAAAACCCUCAGUCGGGCCAUCUGCACCCCGGUAUGAAACGGGGGAUGUCAAGACCCUCUCGCCAGAUGACUCGGGUACAGAAGUAUCUGGCUUCAGCAGUUUCAUUAACCCGGCGUCAUUUUCUGCACCUCAAGAUGCUCAAGACCUAAUCAAACCCGAGAAUAAUGAAAUGACCGUGACCCUACGGGACGUCCUGCUCCAGACCCCUGUGCGAUCACCUAAGGACAACGGUUCACCCCAUUCCCGGGAUGAAAAUGCAACAGGCACUGAAGGGGGCGGUCCACUUGAGUGA